CGUCGUUGUCCGUUGGGUUGAAGAAAAACUUGUGGCAAGGUUACGUUCUGAGUAUGGCGAAUUUGUAGUGCAUGAAUUCAUUUCUUAAUGUUUAUCAUUACCAUUCAGUAAGAAAUGGAUGUUGCCGACAGCCCUGAUGUUUUGGAAGAGGUGGAAGCUCUAUUCAAGAAGCUUCAGCACCUCCCUGAAAGCAUCCGUCAAAAGGCUCUUAGUUGUAUCCAGAAGAAGCUGCCUGAUUCAAAACUUCCUCAAAAUGCAGAUGAAACUAUCUCCAAGCGGCCUGGCCCUAAAUCCAAAAGGGGGGAGACUCCAAAAAAAAAUAGUGUAUCAAAUUCAAAGUCAGAGCAGAUUAUAUCUCAUGAUACAUCUGGAGAGAAUGAAGACAUCUAUGGAGAUGAAGGUGAACUAACAGAUGCUUCUCAAAAUGAAAUUGUUCUGCCACAUGACAGUCCUAGUAAAGGAAAAGUCAGAGGGCUCUCCAGAGUUCGAGUCAAAAGGGAAGCAGAAGAAAGUAAAAAUCCUAUCAUUGAUGAAGGAACACCAGUGGUGCUGUUGGAAGAUGUAAAGACACUUCAUGGACGCAGAACAAAGCGCAUUAAUGCUGCUAAUUUGAUCAGAGGCCUUAGAAAGCCAAGGGCUCAGCAAUCAUCUCCCAAAGGAAUUGUGAAUGACACCAAAUCCAGAGAUGUUGUGAUUGAAGGAUUAUCACCUCUCAGUGCUCGUAAAAACAUUCCUGUACCAUCUGAUGUUGCUGAAUCUGCAGAAAUACUUGCAAGCUUAUCAAAUGAAAUAUCUCAAAAGGAUUUGAGCCAGGCAAUAACUGUGAAUGUUAAUUUAGAUCAGUCUGAGUGCUUGAAAGAUAAGACAAAUAGUCAAGAGAGUGAAGAUUUGUCUAAUGCUGGAAUUGUGUCUACUGAUGGCGAAACAACAGUCAUAAAUGUUAAAAUUGAAUCAGAUACUGCCACUGAUGAAGUCACGUAUGAGGAUGAAUUAAUUGAUGAUGAAAUAUAUGAUCCUCUUGCUACUGAGGAGGAGGAGGAGGAGGAUGACCCUGAUAUUGAUAAAGAAGAAUAUGAGUGUCAUUUCUGUGAUUUUAAGACCAAAACAAAGUUUUCCCUAACUUUGCAUGUCAAGAAGCACAAAGAAAAUAUUCCAAAGGGAUCUUCUAAAUCUUCCAAGCCUGGAUCAAAAUCAACAUUUCAGUGCACUGAAUGUAAUAAAACAUUCAGCCAAGCAUGUGGAUUACAACUUCAUAUAAAGAGACAUCGCAAUGAAAGGGAUUUUGCUUGUCCACACUGUGACUAUAAGGCGUACACAAAAGUUGAUUUAACGCGUCAUCAAACUAUUCACACGGGGGAAAAGAAUAAAAUCUGCGAAUUUUGUGGGAAAGCAUUUGCAAAAGAUUCCACCCUUCGUGACCAUGUCAAAGCAAUACAUGAGAGGAAUACUAAACAUGAAUGUGAUAUUUGUGGUUUUGUUACACAUCGCCCUAACAAUUUACGUGUUCACAUACGUAUGCGCCAUCAUGGGGAAUAUAACAAUCAUGUUUGUCCAGUUUGUGGUGCCAGUGUGAAACAGAAGAAUGCUUUCUUAGAACACAUGCGUUCUCAUACUGGUGAAAGACCGUACAAGUGUGAGGAGUGCACAGCAUCAUUUGCCUGCCUUGCAAGGCUGAAUGUUCAUCGAAAUGCAGUUCAUGGAGAGCGUCUAUUUAAGUGUGGAGACUGUGACAAAAGUUUUCAAACGAAGCAUCAUCUUUUAAGACAUCACGCUAUCCAUACAAAAGAACGCCCUUAUGCUUGUCCAUUCUGUUCUUUUGCUUGCAACACGCAAGGAAAUAUUGCAAAGCAUGUGCGGUCCAUUCACAACUGUCCUGAUUUUUCCUACAGAAAGUAUAAAAUCAUGCAAGAAAAUGGAGGUCAGCCUCGUCAAGUUGAUCCAGAAUGGGUAAGGAAAGGUGAGCAAGUCACCAAAGAGUACCUAAAUAAUUUGUCUGAAAAACUUGGUCGUCCUAUCACCCUAGAUGAAUUAUGGGAUAAGGAAAAAGAGUUGCAGAAGAAAAAGGAAGAACAAGAGAAAACUCGUCAGGCACUUAAAGAUCAGAAAGCAGCAAAAGCAGAAGCUGCUGGAACUGCUUACAUGUCCAAAUCAAAAAAACGAGGCAACAGGAAGGGCAAACAAGGCAACAGAGAUGGAUCUCAGGAUGAUGCAGAUGAUCCAGCAUCAAUCUUGAUCUCAGAUGUUGAUACAGAUGGUGAAGGAAUACAGUCAUCUGACUUGCCGUUCUACAAGCUAGUCUCUCAGGCUGGUAACAUUCAGCUCUGUCUAGAAACUGAUGAAGUACAGGUUUACACAGGGGAUGCCACAAGGGAGUUAUCUCUUCUUCAAAUGAAGAAUGACGAAAACUUAACUACCAGUGAUGAAAUCCAGACGAUUCAGGGCUAUAUGAAUGAGCAUGGACAAUUUGUUCGUCUUGAUGAAGGCUCUGAAGUGAAUGAAGACAGUUCUACUGUUGUUGUUAUCAUUGACUCUGAACUGAAUGAAGGCUUGACUCCUGAAGUGGCCGAUGUUAUGGAAGUUUCAUGUGAAGAGGAUGCCCAGAUAGGGUCAAAUAAAAGAAGUAUAGAAUGUGAUGUUCCAAUGCAAGACAGUAAACGGAAAAAGUCCGUGAUCAGAAUAAUAAAGCAAGAAAUAACUGAUGAUUGAACACAGAUGUAUGAUUGUAAGGCUACUUUACCUAGUUGUUUGUACCUCAUUCCAAAAUACUUCGCAUAUGGUACAUGUACUAUCUUCUUCAUUUAAUGCAAGUGUAAGAAUCAGGCAACUUUAUAUGCAAGUUAGCAAAUGCACGAUCACCAUCGGUUUUGUAAUCAAGUUUUGGUUUUGUUUUACCCCUCAUUUUAUUGUAGAUUGUACAAUUUAAUUAGUUAUAAUUUGUAGCAAUGUCAGUUAUUUGGUUUUGAGGUUGUAGUUUAGAGGGUGUACUCUGCAUUUUUCAGCUCUGGGUGCGUAGCAUGAAAAGAUGCAGAAAAAAGUACACUGUUUUAUCAACAUUUUGAAGUUUUUAAUGUCCUUUUACAAAAAACAAAAAAAAAGGAUAAGAAUUCUGAAUCCCCUUGACAAUGUAAGGGACUUAUGUUUUGGUCAUAAGAGGUAGUGUGCAAAAUCAUAGUUGAUCUAUUACUUUGAUUCAUUUUAUUUGCUAUGUGAAAUAAAAUAAUGAAGUGUU